AUGGAGAUCACAACAACACUCAUUUGCGGAGAUGACCACGAGACCAAUGUCGUCGUCCAGAUUGGAGAGAAAUCGGGUGGAACGAUCGUCUGGAGAAUCUCGCACGAGAGCUCUUAUCGAGAAUACAUAGAAGGUCUUAUGCCAAGCGAACUUGUCCCGUCGUCUUUGAUUCUGGAUUCGCGACCAACACGAACUGCAUUCGUGUCGCUGGAAUCUCUUCGUUUCUUUGCCGUCCUCGGAGGUCGAGGAGAUACAACAAUCGUACACCUUGAGGAUGGCACGGAGCCUAAAACAACGUACGUCUACAAAGGAUUGAGCUUUCGACUCUUUCUAGAACAGGGUGCCGGCUUUGGAGAUGAGAGGCAAGCAUUUUAUCACGAAUUGGGUCUGAUUUAUUCCCUGCCAAGACACCCAAAUGUCGUCUCUCCUCCCAAUUUCCUUGUCACUACGAAAAUUCCCAUCCUCGACACGUCUUCACCGACCAAAAGUAAAACUUACGUUUGUGGAGCAUUGUAUCUUUACCUUCGAAGAGAAUCGUUGCAAGAAGCUCUCAAUAAAAGCAAUGCGACUGGGGAGAGGCUUCCACUGAUACUCAAGGCAAAAUGGGCCCGCCAGAUAGCAUCCGCAUUAGCGGCGACGCAUGUAUCCUGUCAGUAUCAUAUGGACUUGAAGCCGAGCAACAUACUCCUCGACGAUGAUGAGAACGCUGUCCUAAUUGACUGGGAGCAGUCUGGUGCCUCGCCCUUUUUCAUGGCUCCAGAAGCGGACGGUUCGUGGGAUGUCGAAAUCGAGAGGCUCCAGCCGGAUGGGAACGGGGUCUCGCAAGACAGUGCUGAGACGCCGAAGUUGAUGUAUCGAAAACACACAGGAGCGCGACGCGAAAACCACUGGAAGUGGCCUAGAUGGAACAUUUUUCCAAUAUGGCAGAUCGAAUGCCCGGCCGCGCUUCGGGCGGCUGAAGUGUACAGUCUUGGUCGAACAUUGUGGGUGAUUUUUGAGCAGCUAAGCCAGGUGUACCUGGUGGGCGAUGGAAAUGAUUUCACUCCAGGACCGAUUUCUUGGGGCUUACGUACGGCCGACAUACCUUCCCACUGGAAAGAUUUUGUCAACGAAUGUGUCGAUCCUAACCCAAACUUCCGGCCUGAUCUUGACACUGCAGUUUCAUUCUGGGAACAAGAGUGUAAAAUGUGGCAUUGCACUUAA